ACUCAUCCCCUGUGAUUGGUUGUGGCUUAGCAUGCUCUAUUGUGCCCCGGGGCCGUUUGUUCGCCUGGUUUCCGACGCUCAAACAAAACUUUCCUGCCAGCCUGGGCAAUAUUGGGUUCUGGAGUGCUUUGACAACCCCCCUGUGAUAUUGGAAUCUCUGACUUUUUCUCAAAAGGGAUAUUAAAGAAAGACAGAAGAGAGGACAGAAGAGAGAGGACAGAAGAGAGACAGAUCAGUCAUGUCAGGUGUGCUUGGCAGGAUGUACAGCUUCAUGGGCGGUGGGUUGUUCUGCGCUGGAGUCGGGAACAUACUCCUUAUUAUCUCUACAGCAACCGAUUACUGGAUGCAGUAUCGUCAAUCCAACAACUACAUGCAUCAGGGCCUGUGGCGCUACUGUGUUCCUGGGAAAUGCAUGACACACACAGAUAGCAUUGCAUACUGGGAUGCUACCCGUGCCUUUAUGAUCCUCUCCCUGCUGGCCUGCUUCAUUGGCAUCGUGAUCGGUGUCAUGGCCUUCAUACGCUCCUCCUCCUUCAGUGGGUUUGACAAGACGUUUGCUGCCGGCAUCCUCUUCUUCAUCUCCUGCUUCUUUGUACUGCUGGCGAUGGCUGUGUACACUGGGGUGACGGUGAACUACUACGGGAAACGAUAUGGGAACUGGCGCUUCUCCUGGUCCUACAUCAUGGGUUGGGUGGCCGUGGUCCUCACUUUCUUCUCAGGUAUCUUCUACAUGUGUGCCUACAGGAUGCAUGAAUGCCCGAGAAACUCCAACUCCCGCUGAUCUGACAAAAAAAAAAAAUACACACACACCCCUAACGUCAUUUCUGUUUACCUGACCACUAUUGAAUAAGCAUAAUUUUAAAAAAGGGUAAAACCAUGUCUGUUUCUUCUUUCUAUUGAGUGGUAUUCAUCAGUUUAAUAAUUAAGAAUAUGCACCACAGUUAUGACUAUCUUCAGUUAUAAUUUAGUAGGUUUCUUUAAAAGCUGCAAUAUGUAACUUUUUGGGUGACCUGACCAAAUUAAAAUAGAAAUGAGUUAUAGAUGAGUCAUUCUCAUUAAAAGCAAGUCUACGAAGUGGUCAAUCUGUUCUAUGUGCACCAUUUCUAUGCUUCCCGUUCUUAAGGUUAGUGUUUGUCGUUUAGUA